AAGCUAGGGUUCUUGGUGGAGCUGCUGCGCUAUGGCGACAGCGCUGGGCGCUCCGGCUGGUGUCACCGCUCCAUCCACCAGCAAAGGAAGGCCACCGCCCAAAUUCUGCCUUGCAUCCUCUCUCGGGGUAAGUCCGCGGCACUCUACCAGGGAAGUGGAGCCCGAUCUCAAGCUCCACACCUCGAAAUUCGCGGCUGCCAGUGCCAGCUCCAAGUCUGGCAUCUUCUACGCCCAGGCCGCCAAGGAAUUCCUUAGGGUUUUAGACAGCAGCGAGGAUUUCGAGCUCGCGAGGAGGCGGCUGUGUGAAUUCGGGGGCUACCUGGUGCCAUCGGUGGUGGGAAGGGUGCUCCAGCAGCUGGACGAUCUGGACAAGGCGAUCAAGUUUUUCGAUUGGUGCACGGGGCAGCCAGGAUACAAGCACUCGAAAUUCACUUGCAAUUGCCUCCUCAGCGCGUUCGUGAGGAAGAAGAAGGCACAGGAGGCUUACGACCUCUUCAAGAAUCACCUUUGUGGAUUGUGUUCUCCGGACAGCAUCACGUAUAGCACCUUGAUCAAUGGGUUUUGCAAGGCCCGGGAUUUCCAGCAGGCUUACAGGCUUUUGGAUGAGAUGGAGAAGAGAGGGAUCGUUCCACACAAUGCGGUCUAUAACACGAUCAUCAAGGGACUCUGUGACAAUGGAAGGGUCGACAGUGCGCUCGUCCACUACAGGGAUAUGCAACGCCACUGCGCUCCCUCCGUCAUCACUUACACCAUUCUCGUCGACGCCUUGUGUAAGUCUGCCAGGAUAAGCGAUGCCUCGCUCAUUCUCGAGGAUAUGAUCGAGGCUGGCUGUGCUCCCAACGUCGUAACUUACAACACGCUCAUCAACGGGUUUUGCAAGCUCGGCAACAUGGACGAGGCGGUCGUGCUCUUCAACCAGAUGCUGGAGAACUCGUGCUCGCCGGACGUUUUUACGUACAACAUUCUCAUCGACGGGUAUUGCAAGCAAGAGAGACCGCAAGACGGUGCCAAGCUCUUGCAAGAGAUGGUCAAGUAUGGCUGCGAGCCAAACUUCAUUACUUACAACACACUCAUGGACAGCCUCGUCAAGUCUGGGAAGUAUAUUGACGCUUUCAAUCUGGCACAGAUGAUGCUUCGGAGGGACUGUAAACCGAGCCACUUCACUUUCAAUUUGAUGAUCGAUAUGUUCUGCAAAGUCGGCCAACUCGACCUCGCCUACGAGCUCUUCCAGCUUAUGACCGAUCGUGGCUGUCUCCCGGAUAUAUACACGUACAACAUUAUGAUCUCCGGGGCCUGCAGGGCAAACAGGAUUGACGAUGCUCGGCAGCUUCUAGAGCGCAUGACCGAAGCAGGCUGUCCUCCCGACGUGGUGACUUACAACUCGAUCGUCUCUGGCUUGUGCAAAGCUUCCCAAGUCGACGAGGCAUACGAGGUGUACGAGGUUCUUAGAAACGGGGGCUACUUCUUGGACGUCGUAACGUGCAGCACCCUCAUUGACGGACUUUGCAAGUCGAGAAGACUGGAUGAUGCCGAGAAGCUACUCAGGGAGAUGGAAAGAAAUGGGAGUGCUCCAGAUGUGGUGGCUUACACCAUCCUCAUCCACGGCUUUUGCAAGGCAGACCAGCUGGACAAGUCACUGGCGUUCUUCUCGGAAAUGCUUGACAAGGGAUGCGUGCCCACGGUGAUAACGUACAGCAUUGUCAUAGACAAGCUCUGCAAGUCUGCUCGCGUGAGGGACGGCUGCAUGCUGCUGAAGACCAUGCUGGAAAGGGGCGUGACGCCAGACGCUAUAGUUUACACCAGCGUGAUCGAUGGACUAUGCAAGUCCGAUUCCUACGACGAGGCUUACGAGCUCUACAAGUUGAUGAAGCAAACAGGCUGCGCUCCUACGGUGGUUACGUAUAAUGUGCUCGUCGACAAGCUCUGCAAGGUUGGCAGGCUGGACGAAGCAAUACAUUUGCUAGAAGUCAUGGAAAGUGACGGAUGCCUGCCAGACACGGUCACCUACAACUCAGUUUUCGAUGGAUUUUGGAAGUCAGCGGAGCAUGACAAAGCCUUCCGGCUUUUCCAGGCGAUGAAGUCACGGGGAUGCUCUCCGACACCAUUCAUGUACAGCUUACUCUUGACAAAGCUUGUCGCCGAAGAAAAGAUGGACCAGGCGAUGGAGAUUUGGGAGGAGGCACUUGAGGCUGGAGCCGAUGUGGAUCCCGAGAUUAUCCGAACGUUACAGCAAAACAAGCGGUGAAAACAGACCAGAAGGGAAGCGUUCGUUUGUUGACCGGCAGGGACGAACAGUGGCAGAUCAUAAAAAAACUAUUGCACCGCAAGUUCCAUGAACUGUCGCGUGGAGGUAUUGUUUGUGUCUAACGCUACUUGGUUGCGUUUUAUAAUAGCUUACAAUCCUCGACACGCAGGUGGAAUCCCUAUUGGACCCCGUCUCUGUACUGGCCUACAUAAGGAUACCUUCGUCUCAUUCGGUUCUACUGGCAGCGGCGGCUGUGUCGAGCAAGAGGAAGGGCUUCAAAAGAGUAGAGAGUAGAGGGCAAGCAAUCGGCUUCUCAAGUAGUUCAUGCUAGCGAAGAAGCUCACAGCGUGUUUCUCCAAGAUGGGGGAGUCUCAGCCAGUUCCAAGGAUCAGGCGACGCAACAAGCAGCCGCAGAUUAGGCUGCUCGGGUUCUAUGUGAUCUCAGCUCAGGAGCUCAGAAGAGUCCGCAAAGACAUGAACUGCUUCGUCGUGGCCUACGUCUCCGCGGACAAGAAAGUGAAGACAGAGACCGAUUUCGAGGGGAUAACGGAGCCGACAUGGCAGGAGAAGCUGAGCUUAGAGGUGGAAGAGGCGGCUUUCAAGGAGGAUAGCAACUCGCAGCUCACGUUUGAUAUCUUCUGCCCGGGGUUUCUGCGGGACAAGCUCGUGGGGACUGUGAGAAUCUCGCUGGUGGACGCCGUCAAGCCUUCCAACCAGCCGUAUCCGAUCAGCUCCUACCUGGUUUUCACUCCGGACGGCGACUCGCAAGGCAUGCUCAACGUCUGCGUUGCUCCCGGCGGUGUGUUUCCGAAACGCCUGGAUUUCUUGAGCUUCAAGAGAGUGGAGAGCAUUCACGGCACUCAGCUGGAGGCGGUUCCUUCUUUCAAGAAGUUCGAGGCCGAAGAAACCGAAGAAGAAUCGGGAGAACGAGUAUCAUUUCCAGGAGGGAUAGUAGCAAGUCUUCCAGGAGGACUCUCGGAUAGUGGUAAAUCAGUAAUAAAUUCUUUGUGGCGGCUGGAUGGAUGGGUGAUUUGAUUUGGAUUUUGCUAUUGACUCUAACAAGAUUCUUUGGCUCACAGCAAUAAGUAAUGCAAAGCUAUAAAAAAAAGGCCAUUUUUUUCGGGAAA